GAGUUUCUGCCCCAGCAAGUGAAUUUAAGGGCCAGACCUGAGCCCUGGAAGGCUCCAGUGGAUGCCAGGUAUCUGAAGGGCAAAGGCACGGGCUGCUGGAGCCUGCAUCAUGUCGAGUGCACAGAGGAGGAGGGCUCUGCCCUGGGCACUGUCACUGCUUCUCAUGGGCUUCCAGCUCUUGGUGACCUAUGCCUGGUGUUCUGAAGAGGAAAUGGGUGGUAAUAAUAAAAUAGUCCAGGAUCCUAUGUUCCUUGCCACAGUGGAGUUUGCCUUGAACACUUUCAACGUGCAGAGCAAGGAGGAACAUGCCUACAGGCUGUUGCGUGUUCUGAGUUCAUGGAGAGAGGAUAGCAUGGACAGAAAGUGGCGAGGUAAGAUGGUGUUCUCCAUGAAUCUGCAACUGCGCCAAACUGUAUGUUGGAAAUUUGAAGAUGACAUUGACAACUGCCCUUUUCAAGAAAGCCCGGAGCUGAACAAUGUAAGACAGGGCAUCAGCUUUCCUCAGGUCCACAACUGUGGAUGCUGCAUGGGGUGUAGUGUGGGCACAGGAGCAGCUGACAAAGCCAUUCUGAGCGACAAAGGCAAGUGAGCCCCCAGCAGGCUCUACCAGGCUGCCCUGCUUGUGCCUUAGUGGGAAGCCCAGUGAGGCAGGAAGCCCCGGGCUUCACUUUCAGGGCCCCGGCCAAUCUGAGUUUCCUGACUCUGCCCUCUGACACCAUUGCAGCUGCCUGCACCUGGACCACAUGGCCUUCAGAACCUUCUCUCUGGUCUUCCUCCCCACUUCUUCCCUGCCUUCUAGAGAAAGAGCCUGGAGACAAUGGUGACAAUGUCUGUGGAUACUUUUCUCAGGGUUUCCCUACCCUGCCCUAGACCCAAAAGUGGUGGAGGCUAAGAAGAAGCCCCACUGCCCUGGCUCCUAGGCCCCGCUGAGCUGCAGUCCCUGCUCUAGGGAACAAGCUCCUAGUGAAAUCUGGCUCUGGGAAAACUUCCCGUUCUUAGUCAACCCCCGUAUUGUAAGAUUAACAAACAGGUAACUAACUGCCUAAGUCUUGGAACUGCUUCCACUGGGACAAAAUGUUCUCCUGCUGCUCUUGGGUGCAGGGAUCACACCAGGACAGCCUGGGGUUUCCCUGAGGGGCACGGGCUGGAGGAGGAGUCAUGGCACAAGUGACCCUGACUAAGGAGGGAGCCUCAAAUCACGAUGUAGUUCAGGAUUGGUCUCAGGCUCAGGCUAGACCUGAAGGCCAGAACCAUGUGGCUCGAUUACUGGCCCGGGAAUGGGCAAGGUGGAGAUGGAACCUGUGUCACGGCCAGAUGCCACAGGAUUCGGGAACCUCCCCAAACCCCGCCCUACUGUCUCUCCCUGUUUGUUCCCUCAGACCUUCAGCUGCUUCUUCACUGUUGAAACCAUGCCCUGGAAGACAUAUUUUGAACUCCUGAACAAGACCUGCUCAGAGGGGCUCUCCUGAGUGGAAGCCACUCACAUGCCUGGCCACAUGCUGUCCCCUCCCCCGUGGACACCAGCUGUUCCCAGGAGUUGCACAUCAGUGGCUGAGCAGCUCCGUGCAUAUUUGUUCUCUUACUUUGCAAGUGUCUGAGGUUUUAUGACUUGGCAUUUUAGAAACUCCUCAUUGUCCAGGUUCCUCAUGUAGAAUGGGUCAUUAAACAUCAGCAUUUCCAGAA